AUGAGUUUGCCGUCGUAUGCACCCACUUCGACUACUUCGUAUACCCCAGGGGCGCGUAAUGCCAACCAGUUUCACCAGGAGGUGACGAGAAACUCGCUUAUCAAGUCUGCUCUACACAAAACUGUGUAUGAAUCACUUUCAGAGAUUUACUCCAUAAUUGCUGCGUUGCAAGUUUUGGAAACCUCGUUUUUAAAGGAUUAUAUCACUGAUAGGGAGAAAUAUACUAGCACUGCAUUACGACUUAUAAGUCAAUUUCAAAUCAUAAUACGGGAUUUUGACGAAGAUGGACAAAAAAAGGAGUUUCUAUCCACUCACUUCAACCGUCCCAAUUUACAAUUGGAUUCCGAAGAUGGCCAAUUUUUGGAUGCAUUUACCACCAAAUACGAUCUACAUGCCGCUUUGGCAGUGAAACGACUCAAGGUAGGAUUGCCAGCUACAAUCGAACACCUGAAAAAUCCAGUCUUGCAACAGCAAUCCACAAGCGGAAGAAACACCCCCACCAGAGCAGGCGGCAAGAUGGUUGCUCAGGCCACUGGCAAUUUUAUUACAUGCAUGGAUGCAUUAAAGCUCAACUAUAGGACAAAGUAUCAAUUGCAUCCACUAUUGAGCAAUCUUGUAAUCAGUUUGAACGAACUUCAUAAUUCGCCCGAAAACGGCGGAAGUACGAUUGAAUUUCCAGGGAAGUCCAAGCUUGUGACUUGGCUCAUAAAAUUAAACAACUUGCUGGAAUCAGAGGAGUUGUCGCAGCAAGAUGUAGACACAUUCUUGGAAGACUUGGACACAGCAUACAAAGGGUUCUUUACAUCGUUAGAGUAA